UUCUAUCUUGGCCACUGCGAUGCCGUCCAGAGUCGCGCCGGCGACGGCUGUGACAGAAGACUCUGCCUUGCUGCGAUGCCGCCUCUUGGUCGUUGCGGGCCUUGUCUACCUCGUGACGUCCCUUGGCGUCGGUCUCUGGUACCUCGCACUUCUUUCGCCCAGUCUUGCCAACGAUCUGUGGUGGGCCGGGUUUACCCCGACCGGCGACGAAGCCUUGCUCAUCGACCUCGUCAACGCCCAGUUGGCGCUUGUCGCAACGUCCACUUUGAACAUUUACGCGGCGGAUGCGACGAUGCACAAGCGCUACAACAUGUCGACUGCCACCACAACCGUGUCGCCCACGUACGCCCGGCGCGUCAUCUUGACCGAGCUCACGUCCAUCGAGUACGCGGUGCCGCAGCUACGGACUCUGGGCGCGUCCUGGUCGAUGCGCGUGAAUACACAGCACUGCUGGGUGGACUUCAACCAAACGUUCGAGAUUGCGCACACCGAGGGGCGUCAGCAGCGCUGCAAGGACCAAUUUGCGACCAACGGGGCCGUGUACCUGGAAGCUAUUUUGCGCAAUGUAAUCUGGACCGACUUUCAGGCGAUUUGGGGCGGCGACGGUGCCCCGUUCACGGUCGCCAUUCAUGUCGACGGCGCGCGCGUCGACGACGAUCCAAGAUGA